ACCUGAAAGUUGGAUGCGAUCUGACAACCCAAUCCCAAAGGAGAAGAAGAGGAAGACAUUUAAAAUUACACACACCCCUUAAAACUAAACAGCUGAAACAGGUUAACCCUGAUGAUUGUACGUCAGUUCACCAGCAGAGGCGUCACCUCUCAUCUGUGUGCCCGAUUUAACGAGACCCAGAACAGACAGGUCAUGGCCAGACCCAGCUCAGACCUAGCAGCGUUCCGAGAGGUGUUCUCGAAAGCCAAACACGUCGCCAUCUUGACGGGAGCAGGGGUUAGUGCUGAGAGUGGGGUCCCAACCUUCAGAGGAGAAGGAGGCUUCUGGAGGAAAUGGCAAGCCCAGGACCUGGCCAACCCUGGUGCGUUCAGUCAGAACCCGUCCAGGGUAUGGGAGUUCUACCACUACCGCAGGGAGGUGAUGCUGACGAAGAGCCCCAACUCGGCUCAUGUGGCCAUAGCAGAGUGUGAGGCCAGGCUGCAGAAACAGGGGCGCCGUGUCACCGUCAUCACACAGAACAUCGAUGAGCUACAUCGCCGAGCCGGAUCCACCAACGUCUUGGAGAUACACGGCAGUUUGUUUAAAACCCGCUGUAUGAGCUGUGGUCAUGUUGGCGUGAACCACAAGAGCCCCAUCUGUGCUGCCCUGGAGGGCAAAGGUGCUCCAGACCCCAACACCAGUGAUGCUCAGAUCCCUCCUCAUGACUUACCCAGGUGUGAGCAGGGUGGCUGUAGUGGUCUGCUCAGACCUAAUGUGGUCUGGUUCGGGGAGACUCUGGACUCAGACAUCCUGACUCGCGUUGAAGAGGAACUAGACCUCUGUGACCUCUGCCUAGUGGUAGGUACGUCCUCCAUAGUGUACCCAGCAGCCAUGUUUGCUCCCCAGGUGGCGGCUAGAGGAAUACCUGUAGCUGAAUUUAACAUGGAGGAAACACCCGCCACCAUGCGCUUCAGGUUCCACUUCCAGGGCCCCUGUGGGACCACCCUGCCCCCUGCACUGGCACGCCACAACAAUGAGCCCUGACUUCUCCUGGCUGAGCCAUAGUGCAGUCUACACAGACCAGACUCUAGUGCUGGAUGGGUGUGCUCAGGGGUGUAUUCAUUAGGGCAAAACGUUUAGCAACAGUUAACGUUUUGCAACAAAAACGAGCGCUUCUUAU